AUGACUCUAAUCGAGGAUUCAUUCUUAAAUGUCCCCAUCGAUCAGGACCGGCCGAUCAAAGUUAUAUGUAUUGGCGCGGGAUUCUCUGGGAUAUUGUGUGGAAUCCGACUCCCUCAAAAAGUAUCCAAUCUUGAUCUUACGAUAUAUGAGAAGAAUGAAGACUUUGGAGGCACCUGGCUAGAGAACAAAUAUCCUGAUGUCCCAUCUCACAGCUACCAGUACACCUUCGCCGGAAACCCCAACUGGUCCAAAUUCUACUCAUCUGGCACAGAGAUCCUGGCUUACCUCCAAGAUACCGCUUGGCGAUAUGACGUGCAAAAAUAUGCCCGCUUCCAACAUGUCUUCAAAGGGGCAACGUGGAAUGACUCAACUCACAAGUGGACUGUCAAGAUUUAUAGCUUGAAAUCUGGAGAGACCUUUGAGGACUCUGCAGACGUUCUAAUUAGAGGAACAGGGCUCUUGAACAAGUGGAAGUGGCCAAGUAUAGAAGGUCUCCACACAUUCAAAGGCGAUCUUAUGCAUACUGCAAACUUCGAUCCAUCUUUCGACUGGGGUGGUAAAAGAGUGGCAUUGGUUGGAGCUGGAUCCACGGGUAUCCAGAUCUUACCGCACAUCCAGCCCCGAGCGAAGAAGAUUUUCCACUACAUGAGAGGGAAGACCUGGAUUAGUCCUGUCGGAUAUGGUGCCGAAAUGGGCGGUGGUGGCAACUUUGAGUACAGCAAUGAGCAACGGCAGCAGUUCGCGCAGAGUCCCGCAUCCUAUCUAGCAUACCGCCACAAGCUAGAAGAGGUUAUGAAUAAAAGUCAACUCGUCAGCUUUCGGGGAACAGAUAUCCAAAAGCGCUUCUGGGUCGAGGCCGAGAAAUUUAUGAAAGAGAAGCUGGAGAAAAAACCGGAGAUCUACCAGUCUCUGCUCCCAUCAUUUCCACCAGGAUGUCGGCGGUUGACACCUGGACCAGGCUAUCUUGAGGCUCUUCUCCGGGAUAAUGUCCAAUUUAUCGGAAGUGGAGUGGCUAAAGUCGACGAAAAGGGAAUCCUAGACCAGCUGGGAAAUUAUCACGAGGUUGAUGCCAUUAUCUGUGCUACCGGUUUCGACUACACGUUCAACAAUGAAGAGACGCCCAUUAUAGGCCGUAAUGGGAUUUCGCUUGAUGACAUGUACAACCCAUACCCGCAGGCAUAUAUGGGUGUUGCGGUUCCAAACAUGCCAAAUCACUUCAUGUUUCUUGGACCAGCCAGCGCUCCGGCCUCUGGCAGCUUCAUCCCGACCCUCGAGCUUGUUAUGGACUACAUCAUCAAAUGUGUAAAGAAGCUUCAAGAAGAGUCUUAUAGCUAUAUGGAACCUACGAUCGAAGCACUAGAUGCCUUUAAUGCACAAGCAGACAAAUAUUUCAGCAGAACUGUCUAUACUUACAAGUGCAGCUCAUUCUUCAAAGGUGACAAGGAUGAGGGCCGUGUGACAACAGUCUGGCCUGGCUCCGCAACUCACUACAUGAAAGCUGUAAACAACCCCCGUUGGGAGGAUUUCCGUUAUGGGUUAGUACCUGAAGCUGGGGGCAACCCAAUGGCCUGGCUUGGUAAUGGGAUGACCAUGGCGCAACAAAAUGGAGAGAAGACUUCUUCAUUUCUUGACGAAGUUGACAUCCCCCCAGCCAUCCACCAUUACCCGGUCUUUGCCAAUAGCCUCGCCAAGGACGUUUCAGCCAAGACUCACACUAAGGGUACCAACAGUGUUAUUGAAUCAGCUAUAUCCUCUCUGCCUGCGUGA